AAUUGAGAGGUUGAGAGGCAAGUGAAGUCGUAACAUCAGCCUUUGGCGGACACCCAACCCCUGUGCGUUUGCGUCCCUGUCCUCUCUCUCUCUAGCCCGCGUAUAAUAUUGCCCGCCGACGAGCGAUUCUAGCCUUCCCUCCCCCUUUAUUUAUUUACCUAAUCACACACUCUAGUCAUCUGGUCUUCUUUUUCCCCUCUUCCUCCCUAAUAUCGAAUAUAUUCUCUCUCUUAUAUGUUAUGUUAUAUCUCUCUCUCUCUCUCUCUCUCUCUCUCUCUCUCUAUAUAUAUAUAUAUAUGUGUAUAUAUAUAUAUCUCUAGCUAAUUCAGAACCCACUUCUCCUCUCAGUUCUACCUCACAUCUCUAUUUCAUCCACCAUAUUUUUAAACAGACCCAACAAAACAAAAUACAAAAAAUUUAUGAUCUUUAGAGUUGAGAGCAUAUAAUUAAACUUAUAAAUUAUACGUAUGUAUAAAAAGUGCUGUUUUUCAUAGUAGAGAGAGAAGAGAUCAUGGGGUUACAGAACCAGCUGAACGACGUGUCGUCGGACUCAAUCCCACUCUUACUCAUCGCACUCAUCGCCAGCUUCAUCAACCACCUCCGCUCCUCCCUCUUCCACCUCCUCCAUUUCCUGGGCCUCAGCAACCCAGGCCCAGGCCCAGACUACGACGAUGGCCUUCUCGUGGGCUCCUCCGUGGGCUCGGGCCUCGCGGGCCUCGCCGUCCUUGCCGACCAGCUCGCCCUCAACCGCCACUUGUCCUACCAAUACGAUCGCAACCGCCAUGACCAACAGAACGAUGCCGUCGCGAGGUCACGGGAUUGCGAUUGCGUGGUGUGCUUGUCCACCUUAAGGGAUGGGGACCAGGUCCGUAUGCUCAACUGCCGACACUUGUUCCACAAGAGCUGCUUCGACGGAUGGCUCGACCACCUCAACUUCAAUUGCCCUAUUUGCCGCUCUCCCCUCGUCCACCGUGACCUCGUCGCCCACAGGGGCCGCCGCCUCGCCGCCGGCCUCCUCCACUGGUUUUCUCUCCGCUGAAUCGAUUGGACGAAGAUGAUGAUGCAUGUUACAAUAUGAUCAAAUGGGUCCCAUCCGCUAUCUGCUAUAUCCACCCACCCAUGAUGAUGAUGAUGAUGAUGAUAACGGCGAAUCCAUCGAUUGCUGGUGGCUCCUUUCUCGUUCUUCUUGCCUUUUCAUUUUUGAUAUUCUAGAGAGUAGUUGGCAGUUUUUGACCAUAGACUUUCUUUUUUAUUGUUUGGUCCUUCAAAUUUCUCCCUUUUUUUAUAAUUAUUUUCCUUCCAUAACUAUCUUCCUCUUCUUCUUCUUCUUUUUUCUUUUUUUUGAAAAAAACUCUCGGGGGUUUUUUUUUAUUUACUGCUGUAAAUUCUUGGUGUUUCUAAUCUUAAAUAAGGAAAGAGGGAUGUCCAAUUUUUAGUUGUGUACCAGAUUAUUUCGAGUAUUUAUGUUAUGGAACCAAAUGUGUGUUUAAAAAGAUUUAA